CCCCCAUCCCAUUGGCUGGGGCGGGCAGGUUGCUGGCCGCCGUUGAAUAGAGGCGAUGCUGCGGCGCGGCUUCUGGGCUAUGCGGGCGGCCCAUCAGUCUCAGAAUGCGGCCUACUCGAGCUUGGCGGGCUCGGCGCUGCUGCGCUCCCAGGCUUACGUUGGCGGGCGCUGGGUGGAGGCGGACGGCGGCGGGGUGUUCGCGGUGCAGGAGCCGGCUAGCGGGCAGCGGCUGGCGGAAGUGGCCGACUGCGGGCCGCGGGACGCCAAGGCCGCGGUGAGGGCGGCGUACGAAGGUCUGCCCGGCUGGAGGGUGGCCACCAGCAAGGAACGAAGCAAUCUGUUAAGAAAAUGGUAUGACUUGAUGAUGAAGAACAAAGAUGAGCUUGCAAAACUAAUUACUGCAGAAAAUGGGAAACCACUCAACGAGGCCUUGGGUGAAAUAGUAUAUGCCGCAUCGUUCUUGGAAUGGUUUUCAGAAGAAGCUCGUCGAGUAUAUGGUGAUGUUGUUCCUACUCCUUCACCAAAUCGUAGGAUCCUGAUCCUGAAGCAGCCAAUAGGAGUAGCGUCUAUUAUAACUCCUUGGAAUUUUCCCAGUGCCAUGCUCACAAGAAAGGCUGGGGCAGCCUUGGCUGUAGGCUGCACAGUGGUGGUGAAGCCUGCUGAAGAUACUCCCCUAUCUGCAUUAGCACUGGCAGAGCUUGCAGAUCAGGCUGGGAUCCCUGCAGGGGUUUUCAAUGUAAUUCCCUCCUCCAAGUCCAACACACCUGCUGUGGGAGAAGUGCUUUGCACCGAUCCUCUUGUUGCUGCAAUCUCUUUUACUGGUUCUACAGCUACUGGAAAAAUCCUGCUACGUCAUGCCAGUGACACCGUGAAGAAAGCUUCUAUGGAGCUGGGGGGGCUGGCUCCCUUCAUCGUUUUUGACAGUGCUGACUUGGAUCUAGCUGUAGCUGGAGCCAUGGCUUCCAAGUUCCGAAAUACUGGACAGACUUGUGUGUGCGCAAAUCAGUUCCUGGUGCAGGAGGGAAUCCACGAUGCUUUUGUGGAGAAGAUGGUGAAGGCAAUGCAUAAGGAUUUGCGUGUUGGAAGUGGAUUUGAUGAACAGACUACACAGGGUCCCCUAAUCAAUGAAAGAGCAGUGGAAAAGGUGGAGAAUCAGAUAAGUGAUGCAGUAUCUCGUGGUGCCUGCAUUGUGACAGGAGGAAAGAGACAUAGUCUUGGAGGAACCUUCUUUGAACCAACUCUUCUUUCUAAUGUCACAACAGACAUGCUUUGCACACAGGAGGAAACAUUUGGUCCUUUGGCACCAGUUCUCAAGUUUCGAACCGAAGAAGAAGCUGUUGCCAUCGCUAAUGCUGCUAAUGUUGGUCUGGCUGGUUACUUUUACUCGAGAGACCAUGCUCAGAUUUGGCGAGUUGCUGAACAGCUAGAAGUUGGCAUAGUUGGAGUUAAUGAAGGGAUGUUAUCCACCCCGGAGGCACCUUUUGGUGGAGUUAAACAAUCUGGACUUGGGAGAGAAGGCUCUAAAUAUGGUAUUGAUGAUUUUUUGGAGAUCAAGUAUGUGUGUUUUGGAGGUUUGUAAAGUUAAGCAUUUGGGUAAAUAUGAAAGUCACGCAGCAGUUAUUCAAUCAAUCUGUUAAUUUACUUGAGCCUUAUAGCAGAAAAUCUUUUCAUUGGCCAUAACACAAUAGAUUUAUUGAUAACAUAGCACUUGUGCAUUUGAAGAUCAUGUAGAUAAUUUCUAGGGAAUUCUUUUCAUUUUAAUUAUAAAGUUGAUGUAUGUUUUUCUCACCGCUGAAUCAAGAAAUUCUAAAUGUGAGUUUGCACUUAAUUUUUUUUUAAAUGUUUAUGGCUAUUUUAGAAAUACUACAGCAAUUUACAAUCAGAGUAAAUUAGGUAUUUGCAUUGUUUGUGAACUUUACCAUGAGCUUUUAGUCUGCAUUGUUUAGGAUCCUGUUUUGAAUUCUUUUCACCUUUUACAUGUUACGGACUCAGUGAAAGUCCCUUUAAGAUAGAGAGUGUGUGUGGGGCGUGCUUACGUCAAUAGAAGAUAAAGGACGUAAUGACGUUGUUGAAGAAGUCAGAAGAAGAAGGAGAGAGAGAGAGAAGGGAGAGAGACACCAGCCUGCUUGUUUUCUCUAUCGAUGGAUGAGAAACAAUAACUGUGUUUGCCACUGAAAUCCAUGUAUGGAAGUUGGAAGUAAUCCGGUGGAGUUCACUUUGUUGCCGACCUGUAGAAGGAAACAGGUAUUUGUGUGGACGACCACGAUUCGGAUGCUUUUCGGGGUGAGGAAGUCACUACCGAGUAAACACUGAAGUGUCGUUUGGGUUCCAUCGUGGAACAUUUGGAUUUCGUAUUUACUCUCCCUAUGUUCUCUACGUCUACGUCUUAUCUUCGGACAACGGUGGUUGUUGAAGAAGCCCUUGCUCAUGUUUCACCUUAUGGCUUGCGGAACUGAACUUUAAGAACCAUUCCGGAACUUGGAGUUUGGGACUUUGUCACACACACACACACGAUGAGUUUAGUUUUGGGGUUAACGUUCGAGGUUUAAUAUUUUUGAAUUCUAACAUACUAACAUUUUUACUUUUAUUUUACGUAUUAUCAUAAGUAGUAAAUAAUAAAAUAGUUUUUAACACUAAA